UCUUAAUUCUAAAAAAAUUUCAGCUUCGAAGUCGCAUUAUUGUUUUCUUUUGGGCACCAAAAGAGCAGGCACUAUAAAAUUCUUCACUAGAUCGUUGCAAAAGAAAAAGUAGAGUAAUGGAUGACAUAGCAAAGAACUGGAAAGAACUAAGUGGGGAGAAUGACUGGGAAGGUCUAUUGGAUCCUCUCAACAUCAAUCUUCGCCAGUAUAUAAUUCACUACGGCGAAAGGGUUCAAGCUGUUUAUGACUCCUUCAAUUACGAUAAGACUUCUGGGUCGUAUGGAUUUCCUCUAUACGCCCCGAAAGAUAUCUUCUCUAACGUUGGCCUAGAGAAAGGAAAUUCUUACCACUACACGGUGACCAACUAUAUCUAUGCAAUGAUAGAUAUUGAUUCCAAUUUUGAUGGGAUUGUCAAGGGCCAAUCUACUUGGAUUGGUUACGUGGCUGUGGCCACAGACGAAGGAAAGGCUACGUUAGGAAGAAGAGACAUUUUGAUUUCUUGGAGAGGAACUCUGUUGGCCAAGGAAUGGUUAAAAGAUAUUGAUUGGCCUCUAACUUCAGAUUCAAACAUACUUGGGGGCACUUAUGAUCUUCAGCCUCAGGUGCACAAGGGAUUUCACUCGCUCUACACAUCACAUGACACCAAAUCUGAAUACAAUAAAUUCAGUGCAAGCGAACAGGUUCUGAGUUCAGUAAAGAAACUAGUUGAUAAAUACAAAGACGAGGAAAUUAGUAUUACAAUAACUGGACACAGCUUGGGUUCAGCGCUUGCCACAUUGAAUGCAGCUGAAAUAGUUUCGAAAGGAUAUAAUAAGCCCACAGGAUCAGAUAAAGCAUGCAUAGUGACAGCUUUCGUGUUUGCAAGCCCUAAGGUUGGAGACAAAGGCUUCAAGACUGCAUUCAAUGGACUUGAAAAUCUUCAUCUCUUGCGCAUCAGAAAUAUCGACGACAUAGUUCCGACGUUGCCUACUAAAUUUCCUUUCUUCUUCUACUUUGAAGUGGGAAAAGAGUUAACAAUUGACACUACCAAGUCCACAUACGUGAAUGUUGAUAAGGCUAAGCUAAUAGAAGUUUUGCAUAACUUGGAGAAUUAUCUCCAUGGAGUUGCAGGGACAACUGACGAGAGUGGUGAAUUUACGUUGAUAAUUAAACGUGAUGUUGCACUGAUGAACAAAUGGUCAAAUAUUUUGAAGAGCGAAUUUGGAGUACCACCUGAAUGGUGGCAUCCUAUAAUGAACAAAAGAAUGGUUCAACAGGGCAAUGGAUUUUGGAAGUUGGAAAAUUAUGUGCCGGAGCAACCCAGGGCCUAAGAUUAAUGGAGAUUUGUGUCACUACUUAAGGUUGCUCAAACACUAAUAAAGAGACGUGGAUCUGUGGCGGGAAUAAUUAAUUGCCAUUGGAGGAGUCAGCUGGAGGUUUCCUUAGCUCAUUAAAGAUUUGUUUAAUGUCCUUUUUUGUUCAUUUUUUUUUUUUCCUUAAAUAUAUCUUUUUUAUGUGAGUAAUGUUUGAUUUGUGAUUAAAUAAUUUUGUG